CUGCGCCGAAGCCUGGCGCGCUAUAAAGUGGGGCGAGCGGGCCGGGGGAAAGUCCGAGGGUGGAGCCGAGGGAAAGGCAGGGCAGGAUCCUGACAUCGGUGUUCUUUUCCUUCCUCCGUCGAGGCGCGCCACGCUUUUCCCUGCCGGAACACGCUCCGCCAGGAACUUCCCAACCUCUCCAGCGCCAAAGCGCACGGGUCACCGCUUUGGCGCACCGUCUCCAGCGCUGGAGACAACGCUGCGCUGCGGAUCCCUGCGCUCCUCGUGGGUAGAAAGACUCGCCCCCUCCGUCCGAGACCGGGCACGGUCCCUCGGGUGUUGGUCCCUCCAGGGCGCGCGUCCUUUUGCGCGCUAAGUCGCCCGAUCCAGCCCACAUCUCCAGGGUUUUCCCCAGCCGCACGGACACGUCUCCCGGUUCCGGAGCGAUGGAGAAGGUGAAGGCGCGGGCGCUGCUGGAGCAGCCUCUGCGAGCCGCCAGCUACAACGGCUACGCGCUGGCGGAGAAGCCGCCGCAGGCGCUGCCCGGCCGCUCCUCCGCGGACGCGCCGCGCUGCCCGAAGGCUGCAGCCAGCUCUUUCGAGAGCUGGAGAGAGGAGCGCACCCGCAGCGAGGAAGACAACGAGAUGAACCUGCCCGGCUUGGCCGCCGCCUACAGCACCAUCCUGCGCGCCCUGGGCGAGGACCCCGAGCGCCAGGGGCUCCUCAAGACCCCCUGGAGGGCGGCCACCGCCAUGCAGUUCUUCACCAAAGGCUACCAAGAGACCAUCACAGAUGUACUAAACGAUGCCAUAUUUGAUGAAGAUCACGACGAAAUGGUGAUCGUGAAGGACAUAGACAUGUUCUCGAUGUGCGAGCACCACCUGGUUCCAUUUGUGGGAAAGGUGCACAUAGGCUACCUCCCUAACAAACAGGUGCUGGGACUCAGCAAGCUGGCAAGGAUUGUUGAAAUCUACAGCAGAAGAUUACAAGUUCAGGAGCGCCUUACGAAACAGAUUGCCAUCGCCAUCACGGAAGCCUUGCAGCCUGCGGGGGUCGGAGUGGUGGUUGAAGCGACGCACAUGUGCAUGGUGAUGCGAGGGGUUCAGAAAAUGAACAGCAAGACUGUGACCAGCACGAUGCUCGGAGUAUUCCGGGAAGACCCAAAGACCCGGGAAGAGUUUUUGACGCUCAUCCGCAGCUAAAACUGUGCCAUCUUCCUCCGGACUGUCUUGUCUGCUGUUGGUUAUUUUGCUGCUUUCUUCCCUCCUCUCUCUCUCUUUCCGUAAAGUAACUGUCCAUUUCAAUUCCCUUGUUUUCACUUUUUAUUGGUUCUGUAAAAUGUUCUUUACGGCAA